UUUUAUUUUUUUUAUUGGGCAUUUAAAUUUAAUGGCUGGGAAUUAUGCCAUUUUCUGCAUUCAACCAGUGCCAUGAAAAAAUGUGGUCAGAAAGGGACGUGGAAGGUUCCAAUGCAAGGAGAUUGAGGCGUCUAUGGUUUUGCGUCACAAGGGGGCUCGGAAAGUGAUGGGAAGGACCCUUUUAGCCUUGUUUAAACGUACUUGGUUCCUGUUUAUACAUACCACUUUCGUCACUGGGAGGCAGCGAUUCUAUCGCUCCUUUGUCAGGGGUUCCUUUUGUCGUAUAAGAAAUAAAACAGAGAGCUCUGCCCGCCUUCCUAACUACAGGCAGCAGCAUCGACGGUCAAUGACUUACGAGACCUCCCUCUGCGUUUGUGCCCCUUCACCAUCGCCCAUUUUAUGUUCAAAUCUCUGAAAACAGUUGGCUGAAUACUGAACCUUAGAUGUUUAUGAUGACUGUCUCCACCGAGGCUUGACAUGGCCGUUAUUAUGGGUAGUCAUACAUCUGGUUUUGGUGAUGUCUCGAUUGUCGACUUGUGUCUCAAUGCACCAAGG